CUGGGUUAAGGACAUUGUCCAUUGGUCCUUUCUCAGAGUUGGUGGAUUUCGACGCAUUCCAGUUGAUUUUUAAUCGCAUUCAGCAGCUAUCGUCCCUUCGUACAUUGUGGGUAUAUGGACGUGCGCACUGAGAUUCUCUGCCCUAUCAGCUUAUGCAACUCACUGCCUUAACAGAGAUCAAAAAAUAUGACUUCGGAAUCAAGGCUCUUCCUCAUGGACCUGGCAACGUUACUUCUCUUGAAACGUUAUUGCUUGUGAGCUGCAAAGGGCUACAACAUCUGGACUUCUUAGAUGCCAUGCCCAAAUUAUGGGAUCUGCGUAUCGUUUAUUGUCCAUUGUUAGAAUCUCUGUCCGAUGGGCUCGUCAAUCUUGUUUCUUUGGAAGUGUUAACUUUAUCAAACUGCGAAAAACUACAACAUCUGCCAUCCGGAGAUGCCAUGCGACGACUCACCAAAUUAAGGUACUUGAGAAUUUCUGGCUGCCCACAUUUAGGUGAAAGUUGCCCAAACGAAUGGUCCAAGAUUUCCCAUAUUCCAUCAAUUGAUUGGGCAGAUUCAGGAUCUACGGAUUGGUUGUGUUCCACUGAGAGGAAUCACGAACUUCGUUUUUCUGGAAGCUUUGCUGGUUGAUUCAUUUGAACUACAGUCUGGUAUGCAUUUUGUAAAGACAGCGGUGGAUCCAGAAUUUAAAUUUAAUGGGUUCAGCUUUUAAGAUUUUAGCAUUAAACUCAUUGUAUAGUUAAAAUUAUGAGUUUAAAUUUAAUAGUUCAUACUUUGUAUCGAAAGUUAUAGAUUCAGUCUCAAAUGAAAACGUGACGGAAGGAGCAAAUCCUGUCUCUUUAUUGUUCAAACAUAGCCCCAUAUAUGCUUUCUGCAAACUUCAAUGCUAGUCU